GUCCUUCCCAGACAUACAAUUCGAUGGACCUGCCACUUCAUUAUUUAAUUGUACAACUUUCCUUUUUUCGCUGGCUAAUAUUUGGAUCGUUCCCGCAUCUAUUCCAAGUGAACCCCGUAACAUAACCGUUCCCCUCCUAAUGUGACCGGUGUUGUCCCGCCCUGUUUAGUUCUGCUCACCUUCCUCGGGUGGUGUGUGCUGCAUUCCCUGUGCCCCGGCCACCCCCUGGCCAUGGUGUGGCCGCUCCGCCCCUUCCUGCUCCUGCUGCCGAUCCUGCUGUCUGCGCUGCUGACCUCGCGGCCGGCCGGGGCCAACUCGGACGCCUCUCGGCUCUACGACGACCUGCUGUCCAACUACAACAAGUUGGUGCGGCCGGUGGUCAACAACACCGACAAGCUGCAGGUCUUCAUCAAACUCAAACUGUCCCAGCUCAUCGACGUGAAUUUGAAGAGUCAAAUUAUGACAACCAAUUUGUGGGUGAAACAUGCCUGGUACGACUACAAGCUGACCUGGGGCCCCGACAUGUACGGCGGGGUGGAGAUGCUGCACGUUCCCUCCGACCACAUCUGGCGGCCUGACAUCGUCCUCUACAACAACGCGGACGGCAACUUCGAGGUGACGCUGGCGACCAAGGCCACCCUCCACUACAACGGGCUCGUGGAGUGGGAGCCGCCGGCCAUCUACAAGUCCUCGUGCGAGAUCGACGUCGAGUACUUCCCGUUUGACGAGCAGACUUGCGUCAUGAAGUUCGGCUCAUGGACAUACGAUGGCUUUCAGGUGGACCUGCGGCACUUUGACGAGGUGGAGGACUCGGACCUGGUGCCGCAGGGGGUUGACCUCUCCGAGUUCUACAUGUCCGUCGAGUGGGACAUCCUGGACGUGCCGGCCGUCAGACAUGAGAAGUUUUACACGUGCUGCGAUGAGCCGUACCUGGAUAUCACAUUCAACAUUACAAUACGGAGGAAGACGCUGUUCUACACGGUCAACCUCAUCAUUCCCUGCAUGGGCAUCUCGUUCCUCACGGUGCUGACAUUUUAUCUGCCCUCGGAUAGCGGGGAAAAGGUGACGUUGUCCAUUUCCAUCCUCAUCAGUCUGCACGUGUUCUUCCUGCUGGUCGUGGAGAUCAUCCCGCCGACGUCACUGGUCGUCCCGCUGCUCGGAAAAUACCUCAUAUUUGCCAUGAUACUCGUCUCCAUAAGGUGA